AUGUUUUCAUUAAGUCAGUAUUAUUUAUUUCAUCAUUUAUUAACGUUUGAUGAUUUAUCAAAAAAAGCAGAAUGUAAAAAUAUAAAAUUUAAACGUGCUUUUGAAUUUCUUCAAUUACUUUUUCUUCAACGUGUUUAUGGCAUUGAUAUAAUAACACGGUCAUCAAUGCGACAAUUAUUUAAACAACAACAAGAUCAAUUUGAAGUAUUUCUUGGGGGUUCAUGUAAUCCAACAACAUGGAGAUAUGAACAAGCUAUUCCUUAUUUCCAGUUCCAUUCGGUUUCUUAUUAUAAUCCUCAAGUUGCAAAUUGGACACCAGAUUUAGUUGAAAUUGAACAUAGUGCAAAAGAAUCAGCAGAACUUUUAUUUUUUGUUAUUGAUCAUGACACACGGUCAUUAGCAGCUAUAGCUGAAGUAUGUUAUUUAAUCGCACGUGACCGAACUACUAUUGUUGUUACGAGUCCAAUGCCAAAAGAUAAAUAUCAAACGAAAUUUAUUCAACAAAAAAAUUCUUUUAAUGAACAAGACAAUGAAAAUGAUUAUGAAAAUGCUUGUCAAGCAAGAGAAACAUUAAGAAUUUUACUUCAAAUAAAAAAUAUACCUGUUUUUGAUAAUGUUAAAGUAGGAUUAAAAUGUGCAGGAUUUCUAAUUAAAAAUAGAAAACAAACUAUUACUAAUUUUCCUCGUUCACCUUCAAAUAAAACCAGUUUUGAAUCUCCUGAUAAUUUCUAUCGUGAACAAUCUCGAUCAACAGAAACAACUUUAUCGUCUUCAGUUCCAGCUUAUCGACGUCAUAGUGCCACAUCAAUAACGCAUACAAUUCGUCCUUUAUCAUCUUUAAAUCCAUUUAUUCGUUCAAUUAAUUUUACUACUGGUCUUCAUUAUCGUCAACCACCAAUUUGUGCAAAAUCACAAAUAUCAUGUUCAACAAUUGAGAGUGAUGAUGAUGGUUAUGGCUCAUUAAUAUCUAGUAAUUACACAUUAUCUCGAUCAGCAUCAUCAUGUGUAACUUCCGAUUUUUAUGAAUGUUCUACUGAUCAUCAAUUUGAAAACAAUUCUUUAAUAUUUUAUCAGCCUAUUUCUAUAUUAAAUAUUAUGACAUCAAUUUUUUCUACAUAUAUUUUAUUUGUGCAUUUUCCCACAACACCAAGUUCAUUAAUAACACAAUCAAUUUAUAUUCUCUGUACAGUAACUUAUCGUUUUAUAUAUUCUCUUUUUUCUUCUGUGAAAAAUAUGGUAACAUCAAAUAAAGAAAUUGUUCAUUUCAAUUCUUCGACCUACAUGUUCGAUCUUUAUAUAGCUUCCGGCGAUCAUGAUGAACAUUGGUUAGACACAUAUGUAUUACCGACGCUAAAAGAACUAAAUGUAAAAUAUAUAAAACGACAAACUUGUUAUGAUAAUGAUCAAUUAGAUGUUGUUUAUAAUAUUUAUGUACGUAAACGUUCACGCUUAUUAUAUUAUUUAAUAAAUGAUAAUGAACGUCUUUCAAAUCUUGUUAGUGAACUUGCGUAUCUUAUUGGUGAACGUAAAUAUCAUAUUAUUGUUUAUUUACAAUCAACGAUUGAUGAAAAUUCAGAUAAAAUCUUAACAAAACAUGAACGGCAAGAUAUUGAACGUUCAAGAAAAUAUCUUGAAGAUUUAGCAAAAAAAGAGAAUAUUUUAUUAUGUCAAUCACGUGAACAAAGUUGCCAACAUGUUUUAGCUUUUUUUCUUUAA